AUGGGUGAAUUUGAAGGGUGGCAGAGAUGGCUCGAACCUGCGUUUUUGCUGUGGGAACCUGGCGAUCGUACCUAUAAGAGACAUUCGUACACGACUCGUACCGAGAAAGAUGAGCCUCUUUACACACCAGAGGAAGAACUUGCCAACAUGGAGAAUGAAGUCAAUAAUAGCGAUGGGUUCGAUAUCAAUUUCAAGUUGUACCGCUGCAUUUUCAACUACCAUCUCGCUAAUCUCAAUUCGCAUGACUUUGUCGAUAAGCCAGACACCUUAAGGGAUUCACUCGAGAGGCUCUCUCAGCAUUCUCUUGACGACUACAAUAAAAGAAAUGAGACGAAAUUUGAGUUUGUCAAGGUUGAGAAAGCCAAUUUCCACGUCGCUGCUGGGAUUAUGUUUCUCAUAACAUUCGACGUUAGAGAUCCUUAUGAUGGCAUCAUUAAACCCUUCCAAGCAAGGGUUCGCCACCUUAAGAAUACCUUCACUGAGUACAUCUUCUGCAGGCCAAAACCCAACCAUGAAGUGGAAUACUUUGGGACUGUCAAGGAAGAUGUGGACGAAUUUGCUGAGAAACUAAGGUUGGAGUAG